GACUCCAGGCUCAGCCCUCAUUGAUGCUGGCCCUUCAGCCAUGAGACUCCAUUCGCUUCUCUUUAUUCUCCUUCUUUUUUCGAUUCUCUUAUCCCCAGUAAGAAGUGGUUUGGGUCCUGCUGAAGGUCACUGUCUCAACUUGGGUGGUAUUUGCAGAAGAGAUAUCUGCAAAGUAAUAGAAGAUGAAAUUGGUGCCUGCCAACGGAGGAUGAAGUGCUGUAGAGUAUGGUGGGUUUCACUCCCAAUUCCGACACCACUUAUCAUGUCAGAUUAUCAAGAACCUCUUAAAUCUAAGUUGAAAUGACACUGACGUAAAAUAGAAAUACAUCAAAAGUGAAGGUUUUGCAUCAAGUACUUCCAUCUUGAUAACCAUCUUCUAUUUUCACUUAACGGUGCAAAUGAAUAAACGUUAAUUUCAAAUACACCCAAGUACUAUUCCUUUAUGAGUCAUUAACAGAUCUUAACAAACCUUUGAAAGUGAGAAAACUGUUACUUGUGUUUUCCAAGGCAAUGGAUUGAAGGCUUUUUGUUGGCCUGCCUCUCCCGCUUGGAAAGACAAAACGGUGUGUAGAGAUUCACACUGUGGACUUUCUUUCAAGAAACAACACAGGAACUUAACAGGAAAAUUGAAAUAAGCCACAGACCCUUUGAAAGAAGCAGCAGGAUGCAGCUUACACCAUGAGCUAGCAGAACAUUUUAAGUUCCUGGGGUGUUAAAUGGGGGUAAACUGACUCUAAGAUAUACUGUUCCACUGGGAAACCUAUCAAACCAGGCCAUGGGGGAAGGCCUGAACCCUUCCCAGUGCUGGACCUGAUUUAGUGAAGAGUGGGGAGUAUGUGCAGAGUGGCACUGGGAUGUGCUUCGAGUCUCCGGCAGGAUGGAGGGAAGCCAUUCCUGAUUGUAUCUCAGAGAGGACCUCCCAGAAGUCUGCCGGCUAACGCAGAUGGUGACCACAGGUUGAGAGAACUUCCCAGCUGAAAUUUUUGAUAUAAUCUUGAGUGGGGACCAACUCCCCAGGCCAGAACCGAGGGUGAGUGGGUAGUGUGCUGUAGCAGCGAGCAUAGGAGCUGGGUGCCCCUGCUCUGCAGGUGGACCAGGAGGGGUGGGGCCUGAAGGCUGCAAUUGCUGUCUCCAUAGGAAAGGCUUGCGGUAUCGUCAGUUUUGAGUUCUGAAUGCAGACUUCCUGAAACUUAGCUAGCUUCUCCCAGAGGAACACUGUGGGUGUGAGACCCGCCUUGCCAAGUGUGUGGGAGCUGGAUGGAGCUUACUGCCAACCUGCUACUCCCGCUUCUUCAUAGGGACAGAGGCAGAGGCAGCUUCACUCCUCUCUGGAAAAUUAUCCCAGUGGCUCAAGAACUGUCCUCCAAUUCCCACUGGAGCCACAGCUUGUCCCACAUGGAGAGAGCCAGAGCAUGGCCUUACCUGAUCCAGUUCCCACCUGGCUUUGCUCCACCACCCACCCUGGUCCAUUAACACAAGUAACAGAAGAAACUUUUAGGAACUCUAUGGCUCCGCCCAUUUCCUGAGACACCGGAGUACCUCCCACGGGUAACAUAAGGCAAGCCAAAAUCUCACCACUACCACCACAGCUGGCAGUCUCUCACAAGUGCCACCUCCUGGCUGAAGGCCAGCUGACACAGUCCAUUACCACAUCUGCAGUAGAAUAACAUAGCACCCAGGAAGGAGAAAAUUUGUGAGUGGUCACAACUGUUACCACUGCCUACAUCACUCUGGCUAACCAGGAGGCCCUGAGUCUGUCCAUGUGAUGAGUUCAUUACUACUACAACUGGCAUUUGAGAAAGUCAACACGCUAGGGCUAUGGAUAACCAAGGAAUCUCUCAGAGUCUACCUGAGUCCCCUGCCACCCCCAUCUGCUCAGCUGCUGAUACACACUGCUGGGAGACUUGAGGACAGAUUACAUCGCUGGUCCGUUGCAGACAUUCUCCAGCACCAGCCUGCUGUGUGGCAGCCCAUGGGGUGGCUAGUUCCAGAGGAACAGCAGCAUUCACAGUAAUCUGGAUUUCAGGGACUCCCUCUCCGAGGAAAGAGGAAGUGCACAACAUUAAGGAAGCACCCUGGGCACCAUGUCUGGCCUUCCAUUUAAAUGUUAACAGAAUUCAUCCAAAUAGCUCAAAAGCAACAGGUGCUUCAAUUUGGAAUCAUCACAGAUCAAUUUCUCGUUAGGUACAGUGAUCAAAGUUUACCUACCCAAGAGUAAACACGUCCACGGUAGACCUCAGGGCUCCAUAGAAACACAGACUCUUGGGUACAACCCUGCUCAAGCAUCCAAAUGUGCAUAUUAACAGUGUCUCUGCGUGACAUGUGCAAACUUCAGUGCGAUCAGCACAACUUGCAGACACGUUGUCCUUUGGGCUCACCUGGGAAUCAGAUAGGAGCAUGAAAGGACACUGAUGCCCAGGUUCCAGCUCCAGAGAUUAGAAACUCCAGCGUCUCCUGUGAAGCCACGGCAUCUGGAUUUCUCAUGGUUCUGGAGAUCUUUCUCCUGAAAAUGGUGGCUCCUUCCUCCCCGUUCAGUCUUGGCAGCGUUCCUUUCUUUUUCCAGGACUCAGUCCAUCAGGAAUGAGAUGCCUCCUGAUUGAGCACACCUGACACACGACAAGACAAGUGAAAGAAACUGUGCCAAAGGUCGCAUUCUUCUCAUUCCACCGUCCUUCCUAAAAAUAAUCCUAAUUUCAUGAGCCCUGAGCCAGGGGCUGUUUCCUUACACCUCAAAAUCUUAUCGCAUGGCUUAAAUUCUGCCUGUUUCUUACUGUCUGAAAAGUAAGAAAAUCCAUAGGGCCAGGAUCUUCGUUCCUGAUAAGUCAAAGGGCCUGGAGACACACAGAAUAGGAGGACACAUUCUGUACCUGUGAUAUUAGGUGACAGGUUUACAUUCAUCAGCAUGAAAUUUUACACGAAAUGUGGCAACUGCAGGUCCACACCACAAUGAGUAACUAGAAAUUGAAGCAACAUCUCAGAUCCUGGACAACUGACUGUUUAUUUUUAUUGCUUCUUCAGACAGGGCCUUACUACGGUCACCCAGAACUUUCCAGUGUAUAAUAUUGGUUGUUGCUUUUGUCAAGUUUUGGAAGUUUUUAUUUUCUGUCCAUUGAAUGUUAAUUCAUUAUCAGAUAUGCAUUGAAAUAUUAUCUCCCAUGCUCUGAGUUAUGUUUUCUGAACUUUCAUCAAUUCUAUAAUACAUCUAAAGUUUUCAUUUUCAUACCAUUGGAUUGGUCAAGUUUUUAUUAUUUUGUGUUUUUUUAAAAUUGCCGUCAUAUGUCAGAAACACUUAAAUGUAAACUUUAAAGAAUAUUUCUCUUUACUUGCAGUCAUAACUUCGGUGGAUGUUGUCAGUUAGUCUCUCAGUAAUUGCAUGUUUUCUUGAAGGUGUUUCCCGGUCUGCUUUGCACAUUGAAAAUUUCAUCAACCUUCAGUGCGUGUUUCGACAUAUGAAGGCAGUAGACCCACUUGAUACUUUAUUAUUUCAGUAUCUGGCUUCCACAAGACCAUUUCAUGCAAAGACUUGUCUUGUCCCCACUGCCAGGUCAUUGCAUCCUGAUAGAAAAUCAAUUAGCCGAAGGUUAUCGAAGGAAUGUCUAUUUGAUUACGUUGAUCUUGCUUUCUUAAUUAAGGCAAAGAAUAUGCUGCAUUAAUUAUGGUAAUUUGCUGAGUAUACUCAAAUCAGAAACUGUAGUUCUAACAUCUUGUCCUUCAGUCACUGAAAGGAUGACCGUAUCUCCCAUAUGCAUAUGCUUACAAAAAUUCUCAACACACAAACACACAUACAGAUACACAUGUCCAGGCUGACACACAUACACAGGC